ACAACAUAAGUCCAUCGUCGCACUCCUAGUAUCUGCAGAUUCAGAGUGCAAUCUCACCGUUCCUUUUUUGGAUUUACGAGCGCAAAACUAAUAACAAUGACAGAUUCUGAAGAUGCCGUACGACGCCGUACUGCGGUGACGGAGUAUCGGAAGAAACUUCUUCAACACAAGGAAUUGGAAUCCAGAGUACGAUCUGUGAGAGAGAAUUUGCGAGCUUCGAAGAAAGAGUUCAAUAAAACAGAAGAUGAUUUGAAGUCUCUUCAAAGUGUUGGCCAGAUCAUUGGCGAAGUACUGAGGCCUCUUGACAAUGAACGCUUGAUUGUCAAAGCAAGCAGCGGACCUAGGUAUGUGGUUGGCUGCCGCAGUAAAGUAGAUAAGGAAAAACUGACUUCUGGUACAAGAGUGGUUCUUGAUAUGACAACACUCACCAUAAUGCGAGCUCUUCCACGUGAAGUUGAUCCAGUAGUUUACAAUAUGCUGCAUGAGGAUCCUGGUAACAUCAGUUACUCCGCUGUUGGUGGUUUAUCUGAUCAGAUAAGGGAAUUGAGGGAAUCAAUUGAAUUACCUCUGAUGAAUCCUGAACUCUUUAUUCGAGUUGGAAUUAAACCACCUAAGGGUGUUCUCCUUUACGGGCCUCCUGGUACUGGCAAAACAUUGUUAGCUAGGGCAAUUGCCAGUAAUAUAGAUGCUAACUUCUUGAAGGUUGUUUCAAGUGCAAUAAUUGAUAAGUACAUUGGGGAAAGUGCCAGGUUGAUACGUGAAAUGUUUGGGUAUGCACGUGAUCACCAGCCCUGCAUCAUUUUUAUGGAUGAGAUCGAUGCCAUUGGUGGUCGUCGUUUCAGUGAGGGAACAAGUGCUGAUCGUGAGAUUCAGAGAACACUUAUGGAGUUGCUUAAUCAACUUGAUGGAUUUGAUCAACUUGGGAAGGUUAAAAUGAUCAUGGCAACAAACCGACCUGACGUACUGGACCCCGCUCUCCUGCGUCCUGGAAGAUUGGAUAGAAAAAUAGAAAUUCCAUUGCCAAAUGAACAAUCAAGGAUGGAAAUUCUUAAGAUUCAUGCUGCUGGGAUUGCUAAACAUGGUGAAAUAGAUUACGAAGCUGUUGUGAAGCUUGCUGAGGGUUUUAAUGGGGCUGAUCUUCGAAAUGUCUGCACGGAAGCUGGAAUGGCAGCAAUUCGUGCAGAACGUGACUACGUGAUCCAUGAAGAUUUUAUGAAGGCUGUUCGAAAACUGAACGAGGCAAAGAAACUUGAAUCCAGUGCUCACUACAGUGCUGAUUUUGGGAAAGACUAAAAGCUAUUGUGAAAAUUUUCCAGAGCCAUGGAUAUCGAGGCAGUGCAUCUUUUAGAUUCAGAAACAAUUUAUACUAUUUGAUCAACUCAGACCUAAGAAUGCAAUGGUCCCUUUGGGCUAUGCCUUGUAAUAUCUGAAUUAUGCAGUUGGAUGGAGAACUUAUCAACCAAACUACGGUGAAGCAAAGAUGUUUAGUCGAGUUGUUUUUCUAAACCCAAUUAUGACGGUUUUUUGUUUCCUUUUGGAUUAUGUUUUACAUAAUUUAUAUUACUUAUCUUUGAAUUGGGUCU